AUGGAGGAACAACGCCGGGAAGACAGAGCUGAGUUUCGUGCUCUGUUAACCAGCCUCACUUCUUCCCAGGGCGCGCCCGGUGCGGCUCCGACGAACCCCCAGACGCUUGGGAGUCCUGGCGGUGCACAGAGCGGCUCCGGUACCCACCCACCUGUGCAGAAAGCAGCUGUCACACCUCCGCCGCCACUGUCACACGACGUGACGUACCAAGUGUUUCGUGAGUGGAGGAGACGUUGGGAGGACUACGCGACGAUGAUCGACCUGCCCAGCCUGACGCUGCCUAAACAGAGGAUCCAGCUACGUAUGUGCCUCACUCUGGAGACGCAGAGGGUGUUAGAGCACACAUUACAGGUGUCGCCUACCUCUCUCAAGCCAGUUGAUGAAGUGCUUGACAUUCUCCAGGCUCAUAUACGUGACUCCAACAACGAGGCAUUGCGUCGGCGAGCCUUCACUAGCUGUCGGCAGGCGAGAGGCGAGCCCUUCUCCGAGUUUCUCGUCCGACUGAAGAGCCUGGCGGAGGAAUUCGACAUCUGUAAGGCUCACCACCUGGACUGUGAAGAGGCCUGGAUGAAGCACGGUAUCCUGACAGGCGUCCACGACGAGGAAUUGGUGACCAAGAUUGUGUCCCUCGACGCCGCCUCUACUCUUGCUGACGUCAUCAAUGUAUGCAGGGCCCACGAGGCGACGCGGUCAGCCGCCUCUGCCAUACGUGCCUCACCUACAGUGUCUGCUGUCUCAACGUAUAAACAGACGAAGAAAGCAUCACACAAACCUGGAGUCCCCCCUCGCCAACCUUCACCCACUCAUCGGGCGCCUACCUCCUGCAGCAGCUGCGGCAGGCGAGACCACGGCCCGAAGGGCUGCCCAGCAACAGGUGUUACGUGCAGAGGUUGUGGGAAGACUGGCCACUACGCUUUGAUGCCCAAGUGCCCAGCCAGGCAGUCUACGUGCACUGCUUGUAACCGUCUGGGGCACCUGGAGAAAGUCUGCAAGCAAACCAAGGCAAGGAGGUCUCAUGAGGGCCCACCUGAGGCCUCAUGUCAGUCUCCUAUCAGUACUCGUGAUGACCCGACACCUCCUCCUACUGUACGAGUGGAAGUGUUGCAUGACGGUCACUCUGGUGGUCUGGACUUCAUUCCCGACACUGGUGCCGACACGACGGUCAUCGGCCCACAGCACUUGAGAAUGUUGGGCAUCGACAGACAGGCUCUUGGUCCUCCUCCAUCCCUUGCCUACUACAACGCUGAUGGGACGAAGAUGUCUGCUGCCCUCGGUUCGCUCCAGGCCACACUAGUCUACGGCGAGCUGUCUUGUACGGGCUGGAUAGAUGUGCAGGGUUCGUGGAACACCCCACUUCUGUCCCGUGAACACUGUCGUGCUUUGGGGAUCGUGCCUCACGACUUCCCUGCUCAGAUUUUCUCAGCACGAGGCAGUGUCGCCAGUGUAAGGGAGGCGACAAACGCUCCAGCUCCACGUUCCAGCGUGCCUGCGUUACCUCUUCUCAGCACCACUUCCCCAGACGCAGCGAAGGAGUACUUCUUGAGGGAGUACCAGGAUGUCCUCUUGACAAAGGAUUCCACACAGGAUGCUCCACUCAAGCCGAUGUCUGGACCGCCGAUGAGGAUCCACUUACGAGACGACGCCCAGCCGUUUGCUGUCCACACGCCGAGGCUUAUUCCUUUGGCCUACAGGGACGCAGUGAAAGCUGAGCUGGACUCUAUGGUGGCACGAGGCGUUAUUGCUCCUGUUGGUGACGUCCCAUCUUAUUGGUGCCAUCCGAUGGUUGUUGUGCCGAAACCUGGUGGAGGUGUCAGGAUCACUACGGACCUGAGUAAGUUGAACGCACAAGUAUCUCGGCCUGCACACCCAUCACCCACGCCUUUUGCAGCCAUCCGGAGCGUCGAUGCCAGGGCACGCUACUUCACCACGAUUGACGCGUUGUGUGGAUAUUGGCAGAUACCCUUGCAUGAGGACGACCAGGCCCUGACUACGUUCAUCACUCCAUAUGGGCGCUUCAAGUACCUCCGAGGUCCCAUGGGUUUCGCAGCCACAGGCGACGCCUUCUGCCUCCGAGGAGACAUCGCGCUACAGGGAGUGCCACAGUGUGUCAAAGUCGUGGAUGACAUUCUCGUGUACGACGAGGAUUACUUCACACAUCUACGCCACGUUAACGACAUCUUGGCCAGAUGCCGAGCCCAUGGCAUCACUUUAAAUGCCAAGAAGUUUGUGCUGGCGGCUCCAUCAGUGUCCUUCUGCGGCUACAGGCUCUCCCAUGACGGCAUCGCAGCAGACCCUGACAAGGUUCGGGCCAUCACUGAGUUUGCUACGCCUGCUACGUUGACCGACCUUAGGUCCUUCAUGGGCCUUGUCAACCAGCUCGCCAGCUUCUCGCCCGACCUCGCUGCCACUGCUGCGCCUCUACGCCCACUUUUGAGCCCCAAGAAGUCGUUUGUGUGGACGCCCGACCAUGAGCAAGCCUUCCAACGUGUGAAGAUGGCCUUGGCCAGCCCACCAGUCCUAGCUGCCUUUGACCCUGCUCUCCCUACGACUCUGCAGACCGAUGCUUCCCGCCUGUAUGGGCUGGGUUAUGCCCUACUGCAGGACCACGGUGGUGGACAGCAGCGUCUCGUCCAGUGCGGCUCACGUUUCUUGACGGAUACAGAGACCCGAUAUGCGACGAUCGAGUUGGAGAUGUUAGCUGUCGUAUGGGCCAUGGGGAAGACCAAGUUCUACCUCACAGGAUUGCAACACUUUAACCUCGUCACCGAUCAUCGCCCUCUAGUUCCCAUCCUAAACAGCUACUCCCUUGACGCUAUAGAGAAUCCACGUCUACAACGCCUCAAGGAGAAGAUCGCCCCGUACAUCUUCACAGCUGUAUGGCGCCCGGGCAAGGAGUUGUGUAUCCCGGACGCUCUAUCUCGCUCUCCUGUUGGCUACCCAACGCAGGCUGACGAAGUCCUUGGCACUGAUACCGGCUUCCAAGUUAGGAGUAUCGCUACACUACGUGCGAUGGAGUCUCUUGCUCCGUUGGUGCCUCCUGAUGUUGCAGAAGCACCUCCUGGCAGUGACCUUGCCCUUGAGGAGCUUCGUAAGGUGGCAACCGAGGACCCCGAGUACGUCCAGCUCCUUCAUUUUGUGAAGAACGGAUUCCCUAUGGACAGGUACGCCCUCCCCAACGUGCUCCGCCCGUACUGGAAGUUACGGGAGGACCUCUACUGUGAUGAGGAUCUCGUCCUGUACGGUGCACGAGUGUUGGUGCCUACAGCUACGUCGCCGUGUCUUGGCCCGCCUGCACGACAGCCAUCGUGGUGUCGAAGCCACCAAGCGCCAUCGUCUGUCCGGCUGGCCUGUGGCGCUGAUACGACGUCUGCUGCCACCAUUCGCCACUUAGUCAUUGCAGAUCGUCUGUCCGGCUGGCCUGUCGUCGUGUCCUGUGGCGCUGAUACGACGUCUGCUGCCACCAUUCGCCACUUCCGCCGCCUCUUCAGGGACCUGGGUGUUCCUGUACGCCUGCGCACGGACGGUGGCCCACAGUUCGCCAGCCGGGAGUUUUCUACGUUCCUCGAGCGCUGGGGAGUCCGUCACGACACAUCGACGCCCCAUUACCCACAGUCUAACGGCCAUGCCGAGUCUGCAGUGAAGGCCGUGAAGCACUUCAUCCAGAAGGUGGCACCGUCUGGCAAUAUAGACUGUGAGGCGUUCGACAGGGGUCUCCUGGAGCUUCGGAACACCCCCAACCAGACGGGUCGCUCUCCAGCUCAAGUCCUAAACGGUGGCAGGCCAGGGACGAGUUGCGACCGUCGAGCUGCUGCCCGUCUCCGUGAUGCCACAAGUCGCUACGACGCUCACGCUCGGCCUCUUCCACCCCUGCAGCAAGGUGACGUGGUUCGGAUCCAGGACCCGACUACGCAGCGGUGGGACAAGGUUGGCACCAUCAUGGGCGUUGGCAGGUCACGGGAUUACCUGCUCAAGAUGCCCAGUGGCCGAGUGUGGUGGAGGAACAGGCGCUUCCUCCGCCCUGCUCCACCCCUAAACGCUUCUUCUACGAUGGAGGACGCCACUGCUCCCUUGGCGGCACCUGAUACGGUGGUGCCCCGCAGGUCGCCACGACUCCAGGAGAAGGCGUCCGCAGCUGCAGUCGCUCGAGUCCCUGUGGACUUCUGA